AUGGGUAGACCAAGACUUAUUCUGCUUGUGCGACACGGAGAGUCUCAGGGAAAUAAAGACAAGUCGGUGAACAGAUACAUAGCCAACCACAAAGUGCCGUUGACAGAAAAGGGACACGAGCAGGCAGCCAUGGCGGGGAAACAGUUGAAAGAGUUCCUGAAGCCGGAUGACUCAAUAUGCUUCUAUACCUCGCCAUACAUGCGAGCUCGUCAGACACUUGAGGAAAUUGUGGAGGCGAUUUCAGAUACAAAUAUUCCAUAUAAAACGUAUGAGGAACCAAGGAUGCGAGAACAGGAUUUUGGCAAUUUCCAGGGCACAGGAGAAGAGAUGGAACAGAUCUGGAUCGAGAGAGCACAGUACGGACAUUUCUUCUAUCGCAUACCGUACGGGGAGAGUGCGGCAGAUGUCUACGAUCGGUGUGCUUCUUUCAACGAGACGCUAUUUCGACAAUUCAGCAAAGAGAGCUUCCCUUCUGUGCUGGUUCUGGUGACUCAUGGAAUAUGGGCACGUGUCUUCCUGACCAAGUGGUUUAGAUGGAGCGUAGAGAAGUUCGAAGACCUGCAAAACGUGCCUAACUGUCGCUGGAUAGUGAUGGAAAAGGAUGAUACCACGCAGCGUUACGUGCUUCGCACGCAUCUGAGCACUUGGUCAGAGCUUGAACAGACUAAAAGAGAGGAAGAAGUCAAAAGAGAUGCCGGUAGAGAGUUUACAUUCAACAGUACAGUGCCUCUCACGGACGACGAGGUAAGACAGGUAGCCGACGCGGAGGCGCGAGCGAAAAACGAGCAAGUGCAAAAAUCGCUAAAAAUCAAGCACCUAUUCGAUAAGUUGAAACGGGACUGUCAGGAUGCGGAUGACGACCAUGAAGAUCAAAGUUGCAAAAAUAAAGUGUGA